GAUGUUCACGGGUUUAUGGGAGACAAGUGACAUUUGCGUUCCGGCGCUGGUAAAUUAGUUUGGGUUAGGGAAGAGGAGUGCUUAUGGUUGGCCGAACGUAACCUUUAUUUUGCAUUGUGUGACGAGAAUAUGCCUUCAUCUUUGUGAGUGUCAUAAUGAAAAUAUAGCUUUAAUAAUUCUUGUUAUGAAAUGUGAAUCGUGCAAAAGUAUGAGAUUGUAUUGCUGCGGAUUUAAUGGUUUCGGACAAGUGUCACCAUCGAAGCAAAUUGAUACAACAGGGUAUACAUUGUUUCCGCUCAAGAACGUAACGGAUGUUUCGUUUUCGUGGAAUUACAUGGUGGUCCUUACAGGUACAGAUGUUUACGUGUCUGGGUUUGUGGAAGAUGAAUCGAAUAUUAGAAAGAAACUUAUUUUGGGCGAUGAAGAGAGAGCGAUACAGGCUGCUUGCUCCUCUUCACGAGCAUUGAUACUUACAGAUAGCGGUGAGUGUUGGCAGUACAUUUCGUCCACAGGAGCCUUAAAAAAGCUGCCAAAUUUUGUGAAUGUUGAGACUGAGAUGUCUACAUCUGAUGAUGAGAAGGAAACCGUAAAUAAACAGUGUAGACAUGGGAAGAGGAUUCAGGAUGGAGCACUUCCAAAUUCGAGUAGUGGAGAAUCCCACCAAAAAAUUGUUAAAAUAUGCUGUGGUGAAGCUAUUCAUGUGGCAGUAACUGCGGCUGGUUGUGCCUUCAGUAUUCCAUCUCCAUUGCCUCUCACGAAACAUCGUGUGACUGCUGUUGCUUGUGGUAUAGAACAUUGCCUCCUACUGACAGAUGCUGGAACUGUUUACUCUUGGGGAACUGGCACGCGUGGUCAGCUUGGACUGGGCACAUUUGAAAAUGAAGAGAAACCUUGUGAAGUGGAGGUUUUGAGUGGACUGCAUGUAACAUUUGUGGCAGCUGGUGGAUGGCAUUCUGCAGCUGUCACAUUAUCCGGUGAUUUGUACAUGUGGGGAUGGAAUAAUUCAGGUCAGUUAGGCCGACCGGCUUUUCGUAGAAGAAAAAGUGCCAAUGGCAGGCUUGAUGACUCAUCAAGCACAGCUCUUGAAAGGAAGCUAUCUGAGAAAGGGACAGCUAGGUCACCUGCUGACAAAGGUGGUGAUGUUGAUGACAGCGGUUUCUCUCAGAUUGGGUGUAGAAAGUAUGAUGAAAGCUCAGGGAUACAUAGUGAUGAAAACAAGGCAAAAAAGCGGAAAGCUGGUGCUGAUGAAGAUGAUGCAUUUAAGACUGAUGAAAAAGACAGCUCCUUUGAAAAAGAUCCAUCAACUUUAAUUGGAGUGCCAAUGCCUGUAGACUUCCCAUCUGGUAUCUAUGCCAAUGUGAAGGAGGUGGGGUGUGGAAGCCGUCACACAAUAGUACUUUUAGAUGAUGGUUCAGUGUGGGGCUGUGGUUGGAAUGCAUAUGGACAGCUAGGCAAGCGACCAAGUGUACUCCUUAAUGUUGAUGAAAUGACAAGGCUAACACUACCAUCUGCCAGCAGUAAUGGAGAGACCGGCAGUCUGAAAGUUGUAGGUGUAAGAUGUGGAGCAUGGAACUCUGGUUUGUUAGUGGAAGAUGACUUGUCUGCGUGCUGACUUUUUGUUGCUCAAAGUAUUGUACAAGAUUGUGCCAUAUUUAUUUCUGUGAUCUUAUGAGUGAUAUACUUUACAGCUUAUAAUAUUUUAAAGCAAGUCCUAAGCACAAAAUAAAUUUUUCUUUUAUUCCUAAGUUUUAUUAGGUCUGUAUGUACAAAUAUGUUGCUGAAUAAAAUAUCAAUUAAGUUUUUUAUACA